AUGGCGUUUGAACUAGGACAGCGGACACCAAUGGGUGAAGAAGACGAAGAGAGGGCUUGUGAUCCUUUGAAAGACGACAAGUACAAGUACUCCCCAUCUUUAUUGUUGAGGAGAGUACUCACAGAGGAGUUGGCCGCCCAAGACCUUCACAGAAACCACAAAAACAACAAGCUUCUCGUCGCUGCGGUGCAUGCUGUGCUCUUAGACUCCGGUUUCGUUCGCUUUAGUUCGGGUACGUCAGUCCUUGAUGCCCUCUUAGAGUUAGGUUUCACCGAGUUCGGUUCGGUAUCGGGUAUGUCACAUUCCUACACUUUGCCUGAGAUUCUUAUCGAACAAGAUAAUUGUGAUUGUAGUAGUAAUCGGAAGAUGGAAGGAAUUGUUUUGAAGUUUGAGAAUUUAGGUAACUUUUCGUCUGACCAGAAAAGAACAAAACAUGUGGCUCCUCGCAUGGUGAAAGUUAGUGGGUCCUUGAUUAAUUCUGGUUCUAGGUUUGGGCAGAAGCACAAGAAGGUAUGUUUGGAAUUGGAUGAGAAUAAGUUUGCGCCGGCGAUUGAGUUUUUUUGGGGAAACAAUACGAGGAAUACUGUGAAUGAUUUGGGAUUUCGUGAAAGACAAGUUUGUGAGUUUUGGAAAAUCGUCAAGGAUGAGAUUGCACUUCCAUUGCUGAUUGAUCUUUGCGCAGAGGCCGGUUUGCCUGCUCCAUUGUGCCUUAUGAGCCUUCCUCCGGAGCUCAAAAUGAAGAUUUUGGAGGCAAUGCCUGGUGCUGAUCUUGCCAAAGUAGGGGGUGUUUGUAAGGAGCUGCGAGAUCUUGCAAAUGACAAUGAGUUGUGGAAGCACAAGUUAGCCCAGGAGUUUUCUGGUACAAGAGAAGUAGUAGAACUCUGGAAAGUUACUUUUCAUCGACAAUGGGAGACUAAAAAGGAGCAAGCAAAGAAACUAGUGGGAAAAAAGAGAGGACGUGACUCACGUGAGAACGUUUAUUGUUUCGAUUGGCAACCACGUCCUAAAUAUCCUAAAUGGAGUCAUGAACCAUAUUUCUUGUAG